AUGUCGUCAACGACGCAUCAAGGUCGGUGGGAUAGGGCAUUAACCCUGAGGCGCGAUAGACGAAUACCGUCAUGUUCCAAGUGCGCGAGAGCUGGCGUGACCUGCAUUGAUGUCGACAACUUAGGGUCUGGCGCCGGGAUGCCACGAGCCGCUCUCACCGACGCUUUAGCUCGCGUGGAAUGGCUUGAGGACCUGGUCCGGAAACGCCUACCUGACAUCGACCUCAAUGAACCAAUACAUGGCAGCAAGACAUGGCCUACGCCACCGGCUAAGCGUCGGAACACUGGAACUCAAGCAGAGGAUGAUGGCUCGCUGCUAGUAGAAGCCCAACCGGCAGCAUUCGAUCUCGGUCUGAUCUCUUCCAAUCUCUGUGUGCCACGCUUAAACUACUUCGGCGCGUCGUCAGGCUCCCUCUUCACGCGUCUGCUUCGGAGUAACAAAGGUGGUAACCAUGCACUAUCCAAUCUACCGACUCCAACCAACUUAGAUGAUUCCGCCCCACUUGAUGGUGUGGUGCCGCCUGUUCAUGGGGGCUCAUGUCCCGAACCCGCCCGUAUACUGGCCUUGGUUGACGAACUACGCACGAUACUGCCUCCACGAGAUGAAUGCGAUAGAUUAGUGCGCAUGUUCCUCUUCCACUAUCACCCGAUAUAUCCCAUCCUGCAUUGGCCAAGUCUGUAUGCGUUGGUUGCUGCACUGUAUUCAAGCAUCGAGCCUUCAUCAGUAUCAUCUCUACAGGCUAAUGGUUGGCCGGCCCAUGUAGCUCCGUUUUCAUAUAACGGCGAGCUCGCUUGUGUUGACAGCGAAGAUGUGUCUCCCAUAUCACUUCCUACCGCCGCUGCUAUACUGCUCUCUGUCCUUAGCGCAGCCUCAUAUCUUCAAGCUCACAACAUUCGUUUUGGACCAGAUCCUCGACGAUACGACGAUAAAGCUUUCGCCCUAACGUCUACUGCACUAGCCGAGAUAUCGCUCCCGUCAGUGCAGUUGGUCGUUCUUUCCGUUAUCCAAGGAUUUCUCAGCCAGCGAAGUGGCAAUUCCUGGGUGCUGUUAAAUCUCGGUAUGGCUUAUGCUAUCGAUAUGGGUAUCCACCGCAAUACUUCACUUUCUGGCCGCUUUUCGGUGCUUACUUUUCAGAUGCGUCGACGUUCAUUCUUUUGCCUCUACAGACUUAAUAGGCUCAUCAGCGCAAUCCAGGGGAGACCAUUAAGCUUUCAUGAUGAUACGCUUGACCUCACAAUGCCCGAAGUUUUCCCAAGUCCAGGAGAUGAGGUUUCAGAAAGUGACCAAGCCCACCUGAGCUACUCUAUUACUCGGUUUCGCUGGGCAUGCUUAGUGUCUGAAAUUAAACAAAAAUUAUACCAGAUCUCCUCUUCUAAACUUUCUGAAUCCUCACGAUCGUCCAUACAGUCAGAUGUACAUGCUCGGUUGGAUGCAUGGCUUGUUGAAGUCCAACAAAGUGUUGAAUCGAUCUCCAAACCUAAUACUAGCCCGCUCCUGAUCAAAGCCCGAAUCGAUUAUCACUACGCAGUUGCGCUGUUAUAUCAGCCAUCUCUUGCUUGCCCGCGUCCCGAUACAACCGCACUUCGUCACUGUUUCGAGAGUGCAACUGAGCGUGUUCACCUAUUCUGGUCUCUAUAUGAAGAAAAGGGCCUCAUUCUGAGUUGGCCGACUGCACAAGGUAUUUCUCUCGCCGGAACCACGCUAGCUUACUGCGUCUGUGCCUCAGAGGAAAUUCUUGCCUCACUUUCCUUUGCAAAGCUGUCGGCAGAUUUGCGACUGUGCUCCAGCUUACUAACUCUGGGAGGCGAGUGGUGGGAGUCAGCACGAAGAGGGAGUAAAAACUUUCACCGUCUUGCUAACCUCACCAUGGACGCACUGUUUAACAGGGGCGAACAUGCACCGAAUGGUAUUGAGACAAGGAAUCAAGCCAACCAAUCUAAUGUUGACAUCCUCACCAUCCCGAGUACUUCAUCAACAGACGCCGAAGCGGAAAUCAACGUUGAGGAUAUGCUAUAUUCUUUUCUUCAAAGCGGCUUUAGCCUAACGGAUAUGCCUGGGGAUUUGAGCCCAGAUGCUUUUGUGUCACGUACGGAAACCGACUGGGAUAAUUUGCUUCAGACUGAUUAUCAGUCAUCGGAUAAUCUGGGGAAUUUCAACUUGGGUCUCUUUGAACCGCCUGCCUGAACUUCUUUGUGGUACGCGACUCCUCCCAAUGCGGAGGGUGCUAGAGGCCGAAAUGGCGCCCCACUUAUUAAUUAGGUAUUGUAGAUGGAGGAGGUAGCGGGGGGUCUGCAGGGGCGAUUUAUGGGGAUGGGACGCUAUAAGAAGCGGAGGCCCCGGGGAGGGCUUCGGAAGGUGACAGACAGUUCUGGGUGGUAUAUCACUGGCAGGUGACACCCGCACGUUCAACUCCUAGGAUUGAGGCCGGGCCCCCGCUAGCCCCUAUAAGGCCCCCAAAUGGCCCUGCGCAGAGAAGCUGUGUAGACACAAAAUGGGGCGGGCGGCGUGGGGAAUUAGGGGAUUAGGUCCUUGACGGCCGCCCUGGCGGCCACUAAAUCAAGACUGUCAUCACCUAGAGGCCGGGUACGGUCGUUAAACUGCG